AGAGAAGAGAGAGUGAGGGUUUGGGGGGGUAAUUUUUUUUUCUAUUAUAAGGGUAAAUUUAUAAAAUAUAUACUAUUUUGCGGGUGUAAGUUGGAAAUUCGAGAGUGAUAUUUAACAACCCCAUUUGCAAUCAAUCAAUUAAUAAAAUCACACAAAAUUAAACACUCCAAAUCCCUCCAAAAAUAGUAACACUAACACCAAAGAAUUUGAAGCGCUCUAUAAUUUUUUUCACAACACAUUUUAAAAUUCAAAUACCAAAUGAUAAGCCAAACCACCCUCUCUCUCUCUCUCUUCUUUCUCUCUCCUCAAUUCUGCGGCACCACCACCUUCUCAACCGCCUCUUUCUAGGGUUCCGUCGCCGAUUUCCACUUUCUCUUUCCUACUUCACUUCUUCUUCUUCUAUGCAACUUCCGAAUUGCUUCUUCUGGAAUUAUUCAGUGAAACGAUUGAUUUUUUAAUGUUUGAAUUAAGUGGGUUCAAAGAUUGUUCAAGGGAUUAUGUCGCAAGAUCUUGGUGAGUUUUGGGGAGUUAUUUGAUUUUUAUUUGGUUGUGGAGUAUUUUGAAGUUGGUGGGAUUGAAUUGAAUUUGGGGUUGUAAACCCUAAAUUUGUGGCGGUUUUGAAGAUAUGGUGAUUGAAGCGAAUGGUAAUGGGAAUGGUAGUGUUCAUGGUAAUAGUAACGGUGGUAAUAAGGUGAAUGGUUUUUUGCAUGGUUGUUCAAGUAGUAGUGGCGGUAGUGGAGAUGGGAGUUCGCUUCGGACUUAUAAGCGUCGAAAGUGUGGGGCAUCGAAUUCGAAUUGCAAGGUUGUUGAUUUGGAGAAGAUGCCUUGUGCUACUUCUGCUCAAUUGGAUGAUAAGAUGGUAAAAGAAUUAGUGGACAUAGAUUUACAAAAAAAAUCUUGUGCUCGAGUCUGUGACCCAAAGAUAAAUUGUCAAUCUCUUCUGAAUGGUUCAGAUGGUUGUUCUUAUCAACAUUGGAGAAAUGCUUUGGAAAACAUCUGUCAAUCACUCUGUCCCACUGAGGGCGGAGGUGGUGGAAUACCGAACUGCAUCAGGGAGGCACUUCUUAGUAAUCCUGGAAGUAGUCAUGCAAACAUUGCCAAGGAAACAAUUGACCAUCGUGAUAGCCAUGCCCAUUUACCGAGAGCUGGGCAAACUAAUGGAGCUUCAACUGAAGCUAAAGGAUUUUCAUCUGUGAUUUCUAAUGGAGUUCCAAGUGAUAGCGAUCAAUUAACUGUGACUAGGCUGUGUGAACGUGCUUUCCUCAGACUUGUGAUUUCAGGAAAGUUUGCUUCACUGUGCAAGAUGCUUACUGAAAAUCUUCAUGGGCUGAACAUUGAAAAAGUUUUGGACUUUAGUCUUAUUAAUACAAGGAUAAAAGAAGGUGCAUAUGAACAAACACCUAUGCUGUUCUCAUCAGAUAUCCAGCAGAUAUGGAGAAAGCUUCGGACAAUUGGCAAUGAGAUGGUUUCCCUUUCAAAUAAUAUGUCAGAGCUGUCAAGAGCCUGCUGUCGUGACCUGGGAGGAGGUGCUGUACUUGAUACCUCAAGUUACAAAGGACAAGAGUUAAAUGGCCGGGAUUAUGAUGUGCAAAUCAAGCAGGAAGAGUUAGAUGCUUCUGUGUUUUGUACAUGUAGACAGUGUGGAGAGAGGUCAGAUGGAAGAGAUUGCCUUGUGUGUGAUUCAUGCGAAGCAAUGUUCCAUGUUUCCUGUAUCAAGCCUGCUGUGAAGGAAAUUCCACACAAAAGUUGGUAUUGUGCUAAUUGCACUGCUAGUGGUAUGGCAUCUCCUCAUGAAGAUUGUGUUGUUUGUGAGAGACUAAUUGCUAAUUCUGGUAUCAGUGAACUUGAUGCCAUUCCAUUGCCUGAAGAAGCACUGGAUGAUGUUAAAGAAAGUUCAGAUGAUAUCAUAGGAACCGGGCCUCAAGUGUUCAAAGGAAACAAACGAUUGCCUUGUAAAAUAUGUGGAAGCAUACUAAAUAAUGGUGAAGAGUUCCGUGUGUGUGAACAUAGUGGUUGCGAAUACAAGUACUAUCAUACAAGGUGCUUGACAAACAAAGAGUUAAAAACGUAUGGUCCUCGUUGGUAUUGCCCUUCUUGUCUAUGUAGGGUUUGUCUUGUUGACAAGGAUGAUGAUAAUAUUGUGAUGUGUGAUGGAUGUGAUCAUGGAUACCAUAUCUAUUGUAUGAAUCCUCCGCGUACAUCAAUUCCCAGGGGCAAGUGGUUUUGCCCAAAAUGUGAUGUAGGGAUAAAGGCAGUACGCAAAGUCAAAAAGUUGUAUGAGGAUCUAGAACGGAAGCAGAUGAAAGAUGAAGGGAAAAGGGUUACUGACGAUUCCUCUAAGAAAUCAAAACUGAAAUUUGAAGAUGCAGCGGGUGGAUCUGGAGGAAUGGAUAUGCUUUUAUCAGCUGCUAGAACUCUUAAUGAUGAAUAAUCUACUGUGCAAGAGGGAUUGAGUUAAACUAUGAAAGAUGUCAAGGCAUGAGGAUAAUUUUUCUUUUUUCUUUUUUUUUGGAUUCCUGUUGUAAUUUAGGGCCUUAAAUGCAAAAGUGGCCAUUUCAUGUGCUUGCACACUUUCGGCGAGCUGUCUCCGCUAUUGUUGGAUAAGACUUCAAGUUAGCUGAUUUAAAGAUCUGGCAUGGCCUUGCUUCAAGGGUUGUAUAUUUUUGACUGGUAGCUUGUAGAAGACUCGCAAAAACUUUGGCCAUUGGAUGAAAUGAGACGGAUCUGGUGGCUUUAGUGUGAGAUUAAUGUAGGUGAUCUAACUGUCAUUUUUUUGUAAUUUGUAUCACACCAUUUCCAUGUGAUUGAAACAUUUAGAUGAUAGGUUUUUUUUUUGACAUCUAGCUGAAAGCUGUUGUAAGAAGAGAUUGUGACACCUUUUUCUGUAAUCAAAUGGCAACCUGUUUAAUUUUUUACUGCUAUUUCCCGAGUGAUGGCUUUCUGCUGUUCAAGUUUGAUUCCAAAGAAACAUGUAUCUUCCUGCACAUUAGCCAUAAUGCAAUACGAGUAACAUGACUCGGGAAGGUCUGAGAUUCAACACCUUCGUAGAGAAGACCCUUGAGAAAAGAGAGAUCGACUGGAUGCCAAGAAAUAAGGUUUCUCUUUGGCAUGGAAUCUGUACUCUUAGCCGUGAGGCAUAGACCCUGAUUUUCUACCGAUGUUAAACAAUAAAUAGUCAUCAGUACUGAAUCUGAUAAGGGAUUCAGUACAUUCUCUACAGGUCUGUUUGGUAGGCAGUAAUGGUUAUGGUAAUGAAUUUAUUCUAUUUAUUUUAAGGUAAUAAUGCAAGUUAAUCCUCAAGCAUGUGAUUUUUUUUUUCAAUCCUUCAUUACCACCAUUUGAGAGGUAGUUUAUGGAUGAUUAAGAAAUUGAGAUACUUGUGGUAGGACAGUUAUUAUCAUAAACAUUGAGACGAGGCAUAGGCUGAGGCCGCCUAAGUGUAGCAGUAAUAUUGAAAUAUUUUUAUAUUAUGAAUUUUUUGUAUGGUAUGAUACCC